CGGCUCUCUGCUUCCUUUCCACGCGGUUGUCGGUAGUGGUGUGAGCUCGCGGCCAGAGGAUUAUGCCGGGUAAGCUUCUGUCAGAGGCCGAAGUCGAGUCGGAGGCGUCCAUGGAGGCGACGGAGCAGACGCGGAAGCACAAGCAAAAGAAAGAUAAAAAAGAGAAAUCAAAAAAUGAGAGACUGGAAAAGAAAGGCAAGGUAGAGACUGAGGAGCUUGAUUCCCCUAAGCCCAAGAAGAUUAAAAGGGAGGAGCUUCCAGAAGAAGUCAUUUCUCCAAAGCCCAAAAAAGCCAAGAAGAAAGAACAUCCCCCAGAGGAUGAGGAAGAUACUUCCCCUAAGCCCAAAAAGGCCAAAAAGAGCAAGGAGGGGUCUGUGGAGGAGCCCAAAAGGCUGAAAGAGAAGGAGGAGGUCUCUAGCAAUGAGGUCUGCUCUAAGGCCAAAAAGAGCAAAGAGAAAGAAGAGCUUUCUGAGAAACCCAAGAAGGCCAAGAAGAAGGAGGGAGAAGUAAAUGGAGACACAGGAGAGACAAGGCCAAAGCUGCAGAAGGCAUCAGUGGGUAAUGGAGUGCCCCACUCCAAGCGUGCUUCUGAUUCUGAUUCAGCGGAGUCAUCCAGUGAAGAAAGUGACAGCGAGGCUGAGCAGGGAAAUGAUCUUCGUAAAGGAGUAGAAAGCCAUGCUCUUAGUUCUAAAGGAGUAAAAUCCCAGUUGCAAGCUGGACUGACAAAACAGUUUGAAGGAGGGGAAGAUGAUGAUGAUGAAGAAGAGUUGGAGAAACCCAAAAAAGAUGAAAAGAAGGGAAAUGAGAAAGAUUCCAAAUCUGAAGACACUGAGGAGUUAUCUGAAGAGCAGAAAGAAGGAGCUUUCUCUAAUUUCCCCAUCUCUGAAGAGACGAUUCAACUCCUCAAAGCCCGUGGAGUGACCUACCUGUUUCCUAUACAAGCGAAGACGUUUCAUCAUGUAUCUAGUGGGAAAGAUUUAAUAGCCCAAGCCCGGACAGGGACGGGGAAGACAUUCUCCUUUGCCAUCCCCUUAAUUGAAAAACUUCAGGGAGACUCUCAGCCCCGAGGAAGAGGCCGUGCACCAAAGAUCCUGGUCCUGGCCCCAACGCGGGAGCUGUCGAUCCAAGUCAGCAAAGACUUCAGCGAUAUCACCAAGAAGUUGACGGUGGCUUGUUUCUAUGGAGGAACUCCCUAUAACGGCCAGAUUGAUCUCAUUCGGAGAGGAAUUGAUAUCUUGGUGGGCACUCCGGGUCGCAUCAAAGACCAUCUGCAGAAUGGCCGACUUGACCUCACCAAGGUGCAGCAUGUUGUGCUGGACGAGGUGGACCAGAUGCUGGACAUGGGCUUUGCUGAGCAGGUGGAGGAAAUUUUAACCGUGGCUUAUAAGAAAGAUUCAGAAGACAACCCCCAGACGUUGCUUUUUUCUGCGACUUGUCCUCACUGGGUCUACGAUGUUGCUAAGAAAUACAUGAAGUCUACUUAUGAGCAAGUUGACCUCAUUGGGAAGAAGACGCAGAAGGCCGCCGUCACCGUGGAGCAUUUGGCCAUCAAUUGUCACUGGUCUCAGAGGGCAGCAGUCAUCGGCGAUGUCAUCCAGGUCUACAGUGGGAGUCAUGGGCGGACCAUUAUCUUCUGUGAGACAAAGAAGGAGGCUCAGGAGCUCUCCCUGAAUGAAUCAAUAAAGCAGGAUGCCCAGUCGUUGCACGGAGACAUUCCACAGAAACAAAGGGAAAUCACCCUUCAGGGCUUCCGGAAUGGUAAAUUUGGUGUCCUGGUGGCGACUAACGUGGCGGCUCGGGGCUUGGACAUCCCUGAGGUGGACCUGGUUAUACAGAGCUCUCCUCCAAAGGAUGUGGAGUCCUACAUUCAUCGUUCAGGGCGGACGGGUCGAGCUGGACGGACCGGGAUCUGCAUUUGCUUUUAUCAGAAGAAGGAGCAACACCAGCUAGCGCAGGUGGAACGGCAGGCGGGGAUCACAUUCAAACGUGUGGGUGUUCCUAGUGCCUCUGAAAUAAUUAAAGCCUCCAGCAAAGAUGCCAUCAGGUUUCUUGACUCGGUGCCUCCUGCAGCCAUUAACAACUUCAGACAGACAGCUCAGAAACUGAUUGAUGAGAAGGGGGCCGUGGAAGCCUUGGCUGCAGCAUUAGCUCACAUCUCGGGGGCGACCACCGUUGAACAGCGAUCCUUGAUCAACUCUGAUGUGGGCUUUGUGACGAUGGUCUUACAGUGCUCCAUAGAGAUGCACAACAUUGGCUAUGCCUGGAGAGGAUUGAAAGAGCAGCUUGGGGAAGAGAUCGAUGACAAAGUGACCCGGAUGACCUUCCUCAAGGGGAAAAUGGGCGUUUGUUUUGAUGUCCCUGCUGCAGAAGCAAAGACAUUCCAGGAACAAUGGCAGGACUCAAGGCGCUGGCAGCUCUCUGUGGCCACCGAGAGACCCGAGCUGGAGCAACAGCCUGAUGAAGGCAGAGGCUUCUCCAGUUUCCGCAACCAGAGGCAGGGAGGCGGUGGCCGAGGUGGCGGCCGAGGCAGCGGCCGGGGUGGUGGCCGGGGCGGCCGGAGUGGUGGCGGUAGCUUCAACAGGAAUGACAAAUUUCAGAAUAGAGGCCAGAAGCGAAGUUUUCAGAGAGCAUUUUCUCAUCGUUAAGAUGCACAAAAGGACAGGAUUAAGUUUGGAGAGACAGUACCACCCUCCCCAGUGACUUUUAUAAACUCUUAGGCCUGCUUCCUGCUUUCCUUCUGCCACUCACCAGCACAACUGUUGUCCUUUGGGCAGCCUCAGCAAGGGAUGAUGCUUGCUGCGUCGGAGGCCCGUCCCGUUCAAAGGGAUGUUUGCCAUCCUUUUGUUUGUCUACCAUGUCUUCAGAAGCUUUUCUUUGGGGAGAGCAUAUCAGUGCACAUGUUCUCAUUCAAAAACUCAUGUCAGUGGAGUGCUGUCAAUCAAGUCUGUUUUCUGCCCAGGCUCUGCCCUCUUUGGAAGGUAGUUACGGUAUCUCUGGGUAGUGUUCUACCCUGAGGACGAGCUCCCAGGGCACUCAAGCUCAAGGGAUCUUUCUUGCACAGCCAAAGAUUUGUUUUUGCAACAGCUAUUCCCAGUCUACCAGCUGAAUGGAUUCUCCUGGGGAGCCAUCAGCUAACGGUUAAUAGCAUUGGUGAGCAUUGGGCAUCAGCUUGUUCUAGAGCCUGGGUCCUGCUGACAAUGCCGUGGGUUCGAUGUCUCAUAAACAACAUGUUUUUCGUGUAUCUAAUGCUAUUUUGGUGCUUCAGAAAUAAAUCACAGCCAUUCUCCUCAGUGACAUGGGACCCAGGUGGUUUUAACCAGGUUCUAUCAUAUCUUCCUUCGUGGUAGAAGAAAAACUAGCAAAUUUGACAGAAGGCAUCUGUUAGAAUCUCAGACGUGUGAAGAUAAUUCAUGCCCAUUCCCAGGUGGGAAGAAAGGAAGGCAGAUGUUUGUCUACUGGCUUUGAACUCUUCUCCAUUUGGGAAAGAAGUAUUAUUUAUUUUGGAGAAAUUAAAAAUCUUGAUUUGCUAAGCAGAUAAAAUAAAAAUUAGAUAACAUUUUUCGAUUAUGAGAAAAAAAAAUUCAAAACCACCAUUUAGGGAUGUAUAAAACUUGGUGAAGUGAUGACUGGCAAGCAGGUUCUGUUAGUAAUAGGAAAAAUAUUAGGUUGAUUCUCAUCGUGUAAAUUUCCAUAACCCUACAAUGUUAUAGAAUGUGUACAUUUACUUUUGAUUCCACAAACAUUUACUAAGCACCUACUGUGUGCUGGAGGUUGUUCUGAGAACUCCUUGGAUGUGCAGCAGAGGGGAUUGGUUGGGUCACUGUACUUUUCGUGCUUUGUAAAGUCUCUUUGGAGGCUCGGUCGAUGAUCUGGCUCAUGUCCAUUCCUCCUCAUAACAGCGUUCCCUGGCUCAGUUUCCAUCCCUCUUCUGGGUGCCUUCUGUGGCUCCCUGAUGAUGUCUCAGCCGCUGGGGCGUCCUGCCUGUCGCUGGUGGUGUGGGGCUUGCAAACCCUUGUCUCUCAGUGUGAGGGCGGUACAAGCAUUUAUGAAGCCCCUCUGGUGUGCCUGGCAUUGUGCUGCUCCCCAGCUUGAUGGCUUUUCUUUUGCUUCCAAACCUCAGGUCACCCCAGCCAGGUUUAGUGGAAGGAAUGCUGGGUUUGACUCCCAGCCCUGCUGCUUACUCUCUGAGUGACAUUGGGUGAGGGGUGGGCCAAAUGCUCUCCAGGGCUGCCACAGCCUCCUGCAGCCUUGGUGACACCUGUUUUUCUCAUUUGUCUCCCGAAACUUCAGCCUCAGCUGCCUGGUUAGUGCAGAAACAAUGAAAAGGCCAUUUUAACAAAUAUUUUCAUGAUCAACUGAAUACCUACUUUUUGAUGUUGGAAAUCCUUUGAACUCAUUCCCAUUCUGGGUCCUAAUGCUUGGCUCAGAAAUGUAGGUGCUUGGUGACAGAGCCCCUCUUGUCAUCACAGGGUGCUCUGGGAAGCCUGGCAGUCCAGCUUUUAUUUUUUCAGAUGAUGAAGGGGACUCCCCAGAAGGAAAGUAACUGAUAUGGUCACCUCCUUUUGAGUAUGUGGCAGAGCUUCCGACUUGAACCCAGGGCUUCUGGCCCUGAGUCAGCCCUCUUUUAGCCCAGGGUUCUCAGCAUUUCACACCUUUCCUUUUAACUGGGUCCACCUUGGUGGGGAGAGGUUUUUACUACAGUUCAAGAAAUGCGCCCCCUUACUGUGGGCAAACAUUUGGUAGGCAGCCAGCAGCAUUAGGUUUGGAACUGGUGUCUCCUCGAAUUUGGAGAGGUAUCCUAAAGGGGAGUGGUUUGUGGGUAUACAGCAUUGUGCUUUCAGGAAUGUUUCUGUAAGUGAACAAAAGAAAAACAGUUUUGAAUAUAAAAGCUAGUGUGGGGGCAUUUAAACUUAGCAGAAUUGGACUUUCUGGAGGGAAAAUGCGAAUGUUCAUUACAAAAGGCUGGGGGCUUGUGCUAGUACAUUACAUUCUUUAGUACAGCUGGCCUGGGGACCUCACCACCAUUUAUAGUUUGUGUGAGAAGGUGUUCUGAGUUCCAAAUGUUUUUUUACAAAUGAAUUUUUAGAAUACAAUCUGGUAAUGAAUUGGGAACUGUCAAUGGAUUAUUGAAGGUAAAUAUUUUCUAAGAUAUUGUCUUAAGCCUUAAUAAAAACUUAGUUUCCUAA